AUGGCAUUAGCCAGCGGUCACUGGCUGGAGAAAGAAAUGAGGGGAGAACCUCCAAGUCCCAGACAUGGUCACGCUUUAGCUGUGGCAGGAAACGUUGCCUUUCUAUUUGGAGGAGCCUCCAGCAUCAACCCAGAGGACAACCCUGUUUACUUCAACGACUUCUACAUGCUAACAGUUACUCCUGAUGAUGCAACGUGGGAGGAGAUUCCUCAGAAUGGAGAAGUUCCCUCAGCCAGGGAAGGACACACUCUCUGUGUUGUUAAAGGGAAGUUGUAUCUGUUUGGAGGAGUGUCCCAUCAAGAUGCCAGUGAAUGUUUGCCAAGAGUCUACAGUUUUGACAUAGUGUCUCUGACUUGGGAAUGCUUAACAACCGGGGGUGUGACCCUGAAAACCCUCGGAUACAGCUCUGUCGCUGUGGGAGACAACAUUUAUGUGUAUGGAGGCAUGCUGGAGGGGCAUCCAACUGAUGAUCUCAUGGUCUUCAACACAGUGUCUCUCACCUGGACACCAGUUAAAACAAGUGGAUCACUGCCUCAGGCCCUGCGUGGUCAGAGUUUUGCUCUGGUUGGUGAUCAGGUCUUUAUGUACGGAGGUUAUGGAGCAGGUGGAGACUUAUGUAAAGACCUCUAUGUCCUCAACACAGAGAACUUGGUGUGGCAGAAAUGGGAGGUUAAGGGAGAAUCACCUACAGCCUGCAGCGGACAAACACUGACUGCACACCAUGAUAAAGAUAUCUACCUGUUUGGUGGCAAAAGCAUAACCGAGGACGGUGCAGGGAUGUCAUCCAAUGAGAUUCAUAAACUCAGUAUUGCUAAGAUGAAGUGGAAGGUUCCUCUAUAUGUUGGGAUUCCCCCGGCCCGUCGAUAUGGGCACACUGCCUUCAUCCUCCAUAGCCAUCUGUAUAUAUUUGGAGGGAAGAAUGAAGAGCAGGAGUUUAAUGACCUGAAAGUGAUGAAACUCAUCAACCCCUCAGAAAGACAGCCAGUGAUGAAGGAGAUUCUGUCUGAGUUUGGUCUUCAGGGAGUCAGUCACAGCUUCACUCCCACUAAAGUUCCAAACGUCCGCUACAAGCUGAAUGAGUCUUCUCCAUCCAAUCAGUCUAGGAACGCAGCAGCCAAUGCACAGGUGUUUGUCCACAGAGACUUCGGUGCAGUGCGAGAUCAGGCCAUGAAAAUGAUCCAGACAGCCUUUACUCUGCUGGACCAGGAAUUCCAGAAACUGGAUCGAGAGAAGUCAGAGUUGUCUAAAGCUGCUGCUUCUCUGCAGAGAGAGAAAGAAGCUCAUGAUUCCCACAGACAACAACAGCAGCAGGAGCUGCAGGAGAUGCUGGACAGACAUCGCUCUCAGAAUGAGGCGUGGCUCCGAGCCAGAGCCGAGGAGAACGACCGCGAGAGGAGGGAGCUCUGCAGACUCAGAGAGGAGGUGUUGCAGGAGCAGGAGAGGCUGAAGGAGGAACAAAGCAGCAUCCAGAAACGCAGCGAACAUCUUCUGUCCAUUAUGCAGCAGUUCAAAGGAAUGUGA